AAAAUCUAAUAUAGAAAAAGACCUGUGUGACUUUCUUAAAUUUGCCCUGUCUAUUACUCAACAAAUUGGUCUGUCAGAGAUUUUUGGGCAGACUGACGUUUUGGCCAGGCAUAGGCCCAGAGGUUAAACACAUGGAACAUUGGAGUCAUUGGAAGUAAAAAGUAGGCUUUACCCAUGUUUUUAACUGUACCUUUCCUUUAUUUCAACCUGAAGAUAAAUAUUAAAUAUUAUGUAGAUCCUAUAAAUAAAAAAAACAUCACAAUUAUUUAUUUGUUGCGUCAAGAGUCAAUGAAUCUGAUUUUAUGCAUAAUUAUCAAAAAUUGUGUGAAGAAUUCUUACCACUGGCAGGUGUUCCACAUGACUGACAACUGUUACAUGUAUGUUAAUAUACUAUUAAACUUCUCAAUAUAUGCAUUAUCUAACAUUCAAAACAUCAACAUUUAGCUCACUUCUAUAUAUUGCAUCAAAAUAGAGACUGGCAGACCGAAAGGACACUUGCCGCUUAUGUCUUUCUUUCUUGAACCUCCAAGACUCAGAUGUUUUUGUGAAUUUCCACAAUGAUUCAGCUACCUUAUAAUGAUUUAGUAUGUCCAUUGGAGUCAUUAGCAGUGGGGGAAAACCAGAGAAUGGAUUGAUUUCAUAACAUUACUAUUUAAUACUAACACUGUCCAUUACUAUAAUAACAUUGCUAUUUCUUGCAGAGUUCCUGACCCAAUAGACGGUGAAGCCAAUCAAACAGGCGAGGGAGAAGGAAUGAAACGGGCCGCAGCAAAACAGUUGAUUGAGCGUUAUUAUUAUCAACUGACCAAUGGGUGUGGAGAUACCAACUGUCGUAAUGCCUAUUGUUCCUCGUGUCCUGAGUUUUGUUUCCGUCAGGCUGAUCGUAAUUCUCUAGCAUUACGUGCCAUUGACCUCUUCAGAACCAAGGUGAAAUUAUGUGAUUAUCAGCCAAAUAAAUUAAGACGACCAUCACAAGAUUCAGAUGAGUUUUCGGGUAAAAAUGGAGGAGAGUUGAAAACCAAGGGAGAUAAGCCAUCAACGUCAAGUACAAUAGAUGCAGAAACUUAUGUCUCUAAUAUUGUAUCAGCUUUCGUACCAUCAGUAUCUAAAGUAACGUAUUUGACAGAAGAGAAAGUCUAUAGUAUUAUUGAUGAUUGUAAAGCCGUUGAUGAUUGGUCCAAGCUAAUUCACACAAUUGGUUCUGUGUUCAACAGUCCAGAUUCUUUAAUACUUAGUUUUAGGAAAAUCGUUAACGACAAAAAUCGAAAAUCACCCACGAUCGCAGACAGCUCAACUAAAGAUGCCAGCCCACAGUCGGUUGAAAUGGAUGUGGCUGAGAAAUCUGAUACGGAAAGCAUGAAAUCGGAUUCCGAAUGUGAUGUGCCAUCUCCGGUCCGUAAAAAAUUAGUUACCAAUAUAACUCUCGAUAUCGAAGGUUUACGGAGAUGUUUUGAAAGAUUAAUGGACAUUCCGGGACACCCGUUUCAAUCUGCCUUAAUCAAUGCACUGAGAUCGUUGUCGAAAGCUGUUGAAAUGGAUAUAAAAUAUCACAAUGCUUUGAAGCGUGAUCCUAACUAUAUUAAUGUGUUUUUGAUUGUGUUUGAAAUUCCUUUAUUACAUAGUCCAGAAUUUAUUGAACAUGCAUUUCCAGUGUUUUGUCGUGCUUUAGGACAUUUGUCUCUCGAUGGUCAGGCGUUAUUAGCGAGGGUUCUCUCAGAGUAUCCGAUAAACCGGCUACGAGAAAUGUUACAAGCGCUACAGCAAUUAGUGACCGUUAAAGUGAUAAACGGAGACGGUCAGUGGGGUCAACAGUGUCAACUCAACGAUGAUGAUGGGAUCGGAGGAGCAGCGAAAGUCAUGAAAAUAUUAUAUUACGCGAAUAUUCUAGGAGGGAAAUGCAACUCUUCAGAACUGGUUGAAGAAGAGAAACGUCUGGAGACAUUAGAAAGUCAAGAAAGUCACGAGUUUUUACAAGGUGCUGUCAGUUUAGAUAAAGAAUUAUAUCAAGCAAAGGAUGACCCGCUUGCCAAAGAACUUUCGGCCCGAGCGUCAGAUUGUCGCGAACCGUUAAUUCCGUUUGAAGAAUUUGUGAACGAACCUUUAAAUGAUUAUAUUGAUAUCAGUACGGACUAUGCAUACUACCGCGCCGAGUCUGAUCUCAAGUUUUCGUUUGUCACCCACAAUUUUAUUCUAACCACAGCCUCAAAACACAUGACUAUGUAUUUUGAUAAUAGAAUUCGUAUGUUGAAUGAACGGCGGACAUCUUUUUUACAGACAAUAAUACAUGGUGCACCCCCUAUGCCAUACCUCAAGUUAUGUGUUAGACGAAAUCAUGUGAUAGAAGAUGCUCUUAUCUCAUUAGAAAUGUUUGCUAUGCAGAAUCCAAAUGAUUUAAAGAAACAAUUAUUUGUGGAGUUUGAUGGUGAGCAAGGUUUAGAUGAGGGAGGAGUAUCAAAAGAAUUCUUUCAGCUUGUGGUAGAAAAAUUAUUUAAUCCCGAUAUAGGUAUGUUUACACACAAUGAAGAGAGUAAUCUAUAUUGGUUUAAUCCUACAAGUUUUGAGAAUGACGGACAGUUUACAUUAAUUGGUAUUAUGUUAGGUUUAGCUAUUUAUAACAGUUGUAUAUUAGAUGUUCAUUUUCCCAUGGUUGUCUACCGGAAACUGAUGGGCAAGAUUGGAACAAUGGAAGAUCUACAUGAAUUUGAUCCAACAUUAGCAAAUAGUUUACAACAUAUAUUAGAUUAUAAAGAUGAUGAUGUUGAAGAUGUAUUUCUGAUGAACUUCCAUGUUAGUUAUCAUGAUGUUUUUGGUAAUAAUCUAACUACAGAUUUAAAACCUAAUGGAAGUUCAAUACCCGUCACUGCUUCUAAUAAACAGGAAUUUGUGAAGUUGUAUAUAGAUUUCUUAUUAAAUAAGUCUAUAGAACGUCAGUUUAAGGCGUUUAAACGUGGUUUUAAUAUGGUUACUAACGAGAGUCCAUUACGUAUGUUAUUUAGACCUGAUGAAAUAGAAUUGUUAGUGUGUGGUAGUAAGGUAUUAGAUUUUAAUGCUUUAGAAGAAGCUACAGAAUAUGAUAAUGGUUUUACAGCUCAAUCUACCACUAUCAGGAAUUUUUGGGAGAUUGUACAUGCCUUCCCGGAAACAGAGAAAAGAAAGUUAUUACAGUUUACGACUGGAACAGAUCGUGUGCCUGUAGGUGGUCUGUCAAAGUUAAAACUGACUAUUGCCAAGAACGGACCAGACUCAGAUAGAUUACCAACGUCUCACACAUGUUUUAAUGUUCUGCUUUUGCCAGAUUAUGACUCUAAAACAAAACUAGAAGAGCGCUUAUUAAAAGCCAUAACUUAUUCGAAAGGUUUUGGUAUGCUGUGAUCAAAAUUAUCAUAAUAAUCUAAAUUACAGACUCAAAAUAAAUUAUAUAAAUAUGUAUAUUUUAUCGUUUCUUCAUGCCAGCCAGCUUUUUCUCCAAAUAUCUGAUUUUUAUUUUUUGCCCUGUUUGUAGACAGUGUUGAGUUUCAUAAUUUAGACAAAAAUAUAUUUCUACAGUAAACUUUUGUUAAUUAAUUUAAAUUCUGAGAGUAUUUUAUUGCAUGAUUUAAAGAAAUCAAUAUGUGGGUGUUUCACUUAGUAGAAAGCAUUGCGUGUGUUUAAUUGACUUAACUAACUGUUAUACUGUUCUGCACAUCAAGUAUCAAACUGGUGUCUAAAUUAAGGACACUUGUGUAUAAACGGAUAGGCUGUGGAUAGAUCUUGAAACACCAACCCACCCUCAGUCAUUUGUUAUUCAGAUAAAUAGAUAUUAUCAGUGUAUAAGGCAGUAAAUGAAGACUAAACAAUUGAUAUGUUUUUUCGUUAAUUGUCUAACAUUUAUAUUUAUGAAAUAUAUUUUUGGUCCGAAUUAUUAACUCAUUCCUUUGUUAUUUAGAUAUUUAAAAGUGCUAUUGUAGUUGAUUUAGAUCGGGGUUAAUUUACUGGAAUAUAAUUACUGAUUUUUUACUGAGUGAUGUUUCGACUAGGCUUCUCUAGUCUUUAUCAAGCAAUGAUAAGAUAUAAAAUAUAAUGAGACAAUAUAUACAUGUAAGCAGCAAUAACAAUAACUUUGUUGAUGAUGACCAAUCAGAAAAAUGCCAUAACUUCACUGUGAUCUUCAUCAAUUAAUGUCAAAAGAUGAUCAAGGUAGAUUUCUAAAUGCUAUUGGAACAAUUAAAGUUGAUUUAUAUCGGGUGAAUUUAUCUAGCUCUAGUUUUACUUGUAACAUACCGAAUGGAUGUUUCGUUUGCUGCCAUAUUAGUUCUUGAUUGAGGCUUAUUCUAGUUAUGUCUAACUUUUUAACAAUGGCUAAACAAAUCCUGCUUUAAACUCACCAUGUGAUUGUAACAUCAGCCUUAGUCUCUUCACUGGUUGCCUGUUGAACCCCAGAUUCAGUAUAAAGUUCUGUUGUUAGUGUAUCUGAGUCAAAAUGAUCUCACUCCCUGAUAUUUGUCUGAACUUUUGACAAACUAUAUGCCUAAAUGCACCCAAACUAUAAGCCUAAGGUCGCAUAACAAAGAUAUACUUCGCGCUGUUCCUAAAACAAAACUAAAACAAUUUGGUGAUAAAAGUUUCAGAUAAUUAGUCACAACUAAAAACUCAUUCGUGUAAACUGUUAGUAUCCAGAUUAGAAACAGAUUGUUUUAUGUGUUUUUAUUGAUGAGAGAUUCCUUAAAUGUGGCGCUUUGAGCAUGCGAUAUUAUGGAUUAUUCAGCGCAUUACAAAUAUACAUUAUUAUUAUUAUUAUUAUACGAUAGCAUCCUAUAAGGUAUGUGACCAGCCCUAGUCAAAUGGUACACAUAGAUCGAAAAUCAAAACACAUGUAUGUCUAAAUUGAAAGUUUGUAGUCAAAUAUGUUUCAGUUGGUAGAAUUGGGGUUAUCUUAAAGGAGCUAAACCUUUUAUUUAGGUCUAACUUCUAUAUUGAUACUUAUAUUUGAAUUAAUGGGUAAUUAAUAGAUAGGAGUUAAACCUCUUUUAAUUAGGUCAAAAUAAAGUAUUGAAUUGGGAUGAUCUAAUGCAUUAUUUGAUUGAAUACUCUUCAGUAUAAUUACUUGCUAACCUAAGUGAACAAAAUGGAAUAUUUCUUUUUUACCUUUAGACAAAGUUUGAGAUUUGAUUAAGAUAGAAAUAUUAUAAUAAGUGUGUUCUGAAUGGUUUAUGGCAUUUAUUAGUUUGUUUUUGAUAGAUACAAAAUAAUUGAAAUUUGAUCAAAGGAUUAACCCUGUAGUUACUGGUCCCCAGCUGAGUGUGUCCAUUACCUAGAGAUAAACCCUUUAGUUACUGGUCCCUAGCUGAGUGUGUCCAUUACCUAAAGAUUAAACCUUUAGUUACUGGUAACCUGCUGACUGUGUCCAUCACCUAGAGAUUAACCCUUGAGUUACUGGCCACUAGUUGACUGUGCCCAUUACCUAGAGAUAGUAACCCUUUGGGUACAGGUCAUUAGCUGAUUAUUCAUUACCUAGAGAUUAACCCUUUAAGUACUGGUCACUAGUUGAAUGUGUCCAUUACCUAGAGGUUAUCCCUUUGGGUACAGGUCAUUAGCUGACUGUGUCCAUUACCUAAAGACUGUCCCUUUAGGUACAGGUCAUCAGCUGACGGUGUCCAUUACCUAGAGAUUGAUCCUUUAAGCAGGUCAUCAGCUGAAUGUGUCCAUUACCUAACUGUGUGACGUGUCUAUAGCAAACUCCACAUAAUGAGAAUUCAACUUUGGUCAUCUUGGUCUCCUGUUCUCUUUGCUAUUAUAGGCUUAGAAAAACCUCUAGUCGUCAGGUCCCACUCAGACAGUUUAUGGGUGUGAUGAAUCAGUGACUGGACCACACAGAAUGACAAUUUCCUUGUGACCAAGUGAACUUGGCUCCGAGUUCACAGUAAAUUUUUAACUUAUGUCUGAGAAUGCUUUGUGAACUCGCUGCCAGGUCCCACAAAUGUAUGACCCACAUACUGAACAGUUUAUUACUUGAAAUGUAUCUUAUAGCAAGUUCUAUAACAUCAAUAAGGCAUGGCAUAUAUCAGUGGUAUUAGUCAAACAUAACUCCCCUUCAAACAAUUAAUUUCAUUGAUUAUGUUCAAUACUGAUUUUAUUUUGGAAUAAAUGUGACUGUAGGCAUGUGUUUGGUCAAAUGCUUGAUGUUUAACUCUAACCACAACCAGUUAGCGUCUAUUAACAGGAGGGUAGUACCUAUUCAACUGCUGUGACUAAAACCUAAGUGUAGAAACAUCCAGACUACAGCUCAUUGACAAUUUAAAAUUCAAUAUUUAUCCUACAUAAAUAAUAUUUUGUAGAAUUUUUUCCAGUAAUCUGAUUCAGCUUGUUAGACUUGUCAUUAAAUGGCUACAACUAAGCAUGGUCUUUUCCCAGAACAUUCUUUAAUGAGGAUUAAUGUUUAUAUACAAUAGAAUAACCCUGUUUAAACAGCCUAAAAUUUUAUCAAAAUGCUUAUCAUUUAUUUUCUUUGGCUCUUGCUUGAAGCACCACUGUUAUUAUUUUAAACCCAUCUCCUGAAAGCUGGCAUUUAUUUUGAAAACUUACUGUACCAAAUGGUGCUUUCUAGGUUAUAUCCUGAUGUUUCUAGCUAAUGCAUCAAUGUGUGACAAUCUUACCAAUUUAUUAAAAAAAAAAUGAUGUAAAUUCAAGACUAUAAAAAGGGUCCACAAACUAUGUGAGAAAAUUAACUUGUUUAAGGGCCCUCGAGUCUAGCAUACUUGCAGAAUCCUUCACAGUCCACCCCUUUCUACUGAGCCAAGCAUACUCGCAGACUCCUUCACAGUCAAGCCCUGUCUGUAUUGCGUUAAGAAGGUUACAACUGGGUUCUUGUUUAUGGUAGUGUUUAAAUGACUUGUUAUUUAUUUGUGUUUAGCUGCGUUUAGUUUUGUUUUAAAACAAUCUAGAAUCUAUAUAUAUUAUAUGUAUAAUGAAUCACAAUAUAAUAUAAAACAAUAUUUGUACACCAAGUUUUUUCAAUGUUGAUAUGAUUUACAGUGCUAAAAUAAAUAUAAUAACUUCAAAUAAA